GGGCGGGACGAGCCGCCCGCCGGGAUUGGGGCCGCGGGGCGGAGGAGGCGGCGGCGGUUCGGGCUGCACUCGGCGUGGCGGCCCCGAAAUGGCGGCGGCGGAGGCGGCGGGUGGCGGGGGUACCUCCGUGCCCGUGCUCUUCUGCUUCUCGGUCUUCGCUCGCCCCUCCAGCGUCCCCCACGGCGCCGGCUACGAGCUGCUCAUCCAGAAGUUCCUCAGCCUCUACGGGGACCAGAUCGACGUGCACCGCAAGUUCGUGGUGCAGAUCUUCGCCGAGGAGUGGAGCCAAUACAUCGACCUGCCCAAGGGCUUCGUGGUCAGCGAGCGCUGCAAGGUGCGCCUGGUGCCGCUGCAGAUACAGAUGACUACUUUGGGCAACUUGACACCCUCAAGCACUGUGUUUUUCUGUUGCGAUAUGCAAGAGCGAUUCCGGCCUGCCAUCAAGUAUUUUGGGGAUAUCAUCAGCGUAGGCCAACGACUGCUCCAAGGUGCACGGCUCUUAGGAAUUCCAGUUAUUGUAACUGAACAGUAUCCCAAAGGUCUUGGCAGCACUGUGCAAGAAAUUGAUUUAACAGGAGCUAAACUUGUGCUUCCCAAAACAAAAUUUUCAAUGGUGUUGCCAGAAGUGGAAGCAGCAUUAGCAGAGAUCCCUGGAGUCCGUAGCGUUGUCCUGUUUGGAGUGGAAACUCAUGUUUGCAUCCAGCAAACAGCACUGGAAUUAAUUGGUAGAGGGCUGGAAGUUCAUAUUGUAGCUGAUGCCACGUCAUCAAGAAGUAUGAUGGACAGAAUGUUUGCACUUGAGCGUCUUGCUCGUACUGGAAUUAUAGUUACUACUAGUGAAGCUAUAUUGCUGCAGCUGGUAGCUGAUAAGGAACAUCCCAAAUUCAAAGAAAUCCAAAAUCUCAUUAAGGCGAGUGCCCCUGAGUCAGGGCUCCUUUCCAAAGUUUAAAAGAGGAUGUGGAGGAAGCGGAUCUCAUUGUCAUCUUAGAGGAGGAAGGAAAGCUGUAAGCGCACACAUACACCUUCUUUCACUCAAAGCUUGGUAGAAGUGUAAAAUUAAAAAUUGACAUACUCAUGCCUGCCUUAGCAAAAUUGUCUGGUUGUACAUCUGGGUGACAGUGUGUUCUCUUUAGUUACAGCUGCCAGAGGUAGGACCCUUUCAUUCUCAAAUUUUCUUACUAAUGUGAAAAAACAAAAAUUCACAGAGGUGCCUGCUAGUCUAUACUAUACACUGAUUGUAACAGUUCCAAAAAGUGCAUAUUUCUGUGACACUUCUUGAUUGUGCACUUUGUAAAAGCGUCCUGUGAUAUUCUGGUUUACUUUUGUAUUAGUAGAAGAUAAUUACAUAUUGGAUAAAUGUAAAUGUAAUGUGAUACACUUUAGUGUUCUAUGUAAAUGAAGUAUUUCAAUUGGGGAUAAUUUAAAACCAAGUAAGAUAUAUGGACUAUAUAUGUGCUUUUGUUCUCUAGGAUAAAAUUUAAGCGCUUUGCUUCGUAGACGAAGCACAUAGAUCAAGCAGCAGCUGAUGUUUGAUUGCUCUAGAUAGCUGAAGCCUUCAUCAUGACUUUCGAUUAUUCUGCAACUAACUGCCCAACCCUGUACUUCACUUCAGAGUACACAAACAGAAGACUGUCAUUUAAUGAGUUCUUUAUAAACGAUGGGUGUAAAGUCCUUCAGAACUAGCAGAAGAUUAACAAAACUUUAAAUAAAUUGGCAAUUAUUAAGGCUAUUAAGGAACAAAAGCUUUUCAGCCUCAAGUGGUGAAUCUACUACUGUGUUUAGGUAUAUUUGGGGGGGGGGGGUUACCCUAUUUUAGUUAGAUGGAAUAAUUUCAUCUGAUCACUCAUUGGGACAAAUGAGCUCUUAAAGAAACCUCUGCUUCUCUAGGUUUUUACACUAUUUUUUUGUGGGAUGGAGUUGGGGGAAGUUUGAAUGGAAUCUGUCCUAGAGGCGUACUUUAGAAAAAUAGCAUCUUUAACUUAAUGUCAUAUGUAUUUUCUAUCUAGAAACGAACUUGUUCAUAAGGCACUUCCUUUAUGUUCCGGUCAUUUAAAAAUGUUGUAUAAAGUUUACAGUGUGACUGAGACCUUUAUUUUUUUAGAAGAGUACUAGAAUGUGACAUACUGAACACUGAUCUGUCUAGUAGAAAAUAAAUUAGAGUACAUGUAUUGUCUUAAAGUGCUUAUUUUCCCCACAAGAUGGCUCUAAAAGAAUUGGUUCGGAGAGUUAUAACCUUUAUAUAUUGAAAACAAAUAAAAUGUUAACAUUUGCUGUCCCUUUUAUGCUUGUGAUAUUUAUCGAAGAGCAAAUCCUGAAAGCUGUGUUUGCCAUGGACCUUAUUCUGGUUUGUGCUGCUGUGGAAUUUCUAUAGAUGUCAUGGGAAUUUUGUGUAAAGAUCAAGGUUGGAUAACGUCUAAUAAUUCUUGUCUUCUAUGUCUAGUUACAGUGUUAUUUAGUGCUCCAAAAUAUGAAGAAUGAACACUAUGUUUCAAGUUGGAGGCAGGGAGGCGAGUUGAGUUGAAGAACCAUUGUCCUAUAUCACUGACCUACUUUUUACUGUCUUUUCUAGUAUAUUAAUCACAUGGCCUAGCAGUAUAAAGUCCACUUAUAUAAAUCAACAGCUGUGCACUAAAAUACCAUAAAUUUCUUAUGAAAUAAUGGGUUUAUUGCUUUCUUACCUUUAUGUGUUGGUGGUGCAUAGAGUUAGCAAUUGAAAAAAAAUGAAAACAGGAUUUUUACGUGUUUAUUUUUGGAACAGUAUAGAUUUCCUCAAUAACAAAUACAAGGGGUUUUAAGAGGUAAAUGUAUGUUACUAACAGUUUACUGUUUUUAUACCAACAUGAGUUGGAGGACAGAUCUCACAAGUUCCUUUACACACAGGCCUUUUCUAAUUAAGGUUUUUACCACAAGACGAAUCAUUUGUUAGCAAGAUGGCUCUAGAGAAGAAUCUAUAAAAUAUGUUGAUAUUCUCUGUGAUGAUUUAAUUUUUUUUUCUUUUUUUUUUUUUGUAUUUGCAUAGCCCUCUGUGGCAAACUAGAUUUUUAUCAAGGUCCUUAAUUUGUGGGGUUUUUUUCCACAAGCUUAAAGAAUAAGAAUGAAGAAACACCCUGUGUUAUGCUAUAAAACUGAGCUCUCAGAUGUGAAUUUAGGAGCAGAAUGGUUGAAGUCUUUCUCCUUCAUUAGGUGGCUGCAUUAUUCAACAUCACAUGGAUCAUUCAGAUGAGAGUCUAAGGUUGUUUAUUUAAAAAAAAGUAGAAAAAAUGUUGCCAUGUUUCUCUUACAUAAAGUGAGUUUAUUCAUAGGAGAGAAUUUUCUUUGCUUAUUCAUUUUUUUAACUUACCCAUAUUUUCUGUUCUCUGAUAAUUGGGUGUUCCCAUGCUGUAGGACAGGAGAACUGAGCCCUGUGAGAAGACCUCUGCAGGCUGUUGCAGGCUGUUAUCUAGUGUAAGUACUGUUUUGCCCUGCAAGGAUAUGAAAUAGCAGAAAAGAGAAUUGCUUAGGCAUAUGUGUAGGUGAUUGUAAAGAAGCCUAAUUCAUCACUGUCUAAGUACCAAGGAGUCCUUUAUUUGAAGGCUUUGCCACAGCUACAGCUAAGCAACAUGAUUGCCACCUGCUGUAGGUGGCUUCAGUGUUAUUUCUUGUUCCUUGGGGAAGCAGAAAGAUGACUCUUGAUGGAGAAGGCUGGUUUCUUUUUCUUGAUGGUUGUUCUGCUUCUGUGCAAAGUUGCUAAUGUGUUGUUAACCUCACUGGAGUAGCUAGUAUAUAAAUUGUACACUAAAUGUAAUAACAGGCAUGUGCAUUGUUAGUUUAUCUUUUCAGAACCAUGGCCCUUUUAUUAUAUCUCCAUCCUUAUAAUGAUUUUCUAUGUACUAAAACAGGUAGGGUCUGCAGUAUCCUUUCCAAAACCUGAGGAUGAAUAAAAAAUGAGCUGUUGGUAGCCAAUGUUUUCAGUUAUGGUCAUCACAGAUGGCUGGAGAAAUGAUGCAGUGGGACUGCUCCACUGUAAUUUCUGCACUUGCCUGACAGUAGUUGUCAGGUAAAUGUGCACUUACUCAAUAAGCACUAUGGUUUAUUUAUGUUUUGUUUAGAUAUCUCGGUGGUGCCCUCUCCCUCCUGCCUGCCCCAUAUAUAUCACAUUACCUAAACAAUGACAUUAAUCUUUCAUGAGAGGAGUAUUAAGAUCAAUCUUCUCUUUUUGACACUUACAUUUUCCUUUGGAAGCCUCAGAUAUUUUUUUGUCAAGGUCCCUGUUGAACUUGAGCUCUUCUAUUGCUACGUAUUUGUUUUCUUAUGUAAAAGAUGAAUCUUCAAUCUUUUGUUCUUUUAAAAACUUUGUUUUCGUUAAACAUGAAGUAAUAGCUAGAGCUGUGGAGCCCUGAAGAAAGGCAGAUGAUAUUAAGGAGGAUUAAUGCUUUGACUUUAAUAAGCGGUGAUACGAACUAGUAGUUAUGUAGUUCAUUUGUUAUUCUUCAGAGUAUAUUCUACCAUGUUAUGUGCUAUGGCAGUGACAGAAGAGGUUAGUGAUUUGUAGAAUUUGGGGUUUUUUUCUCCUCUGGAUAAAUUAGAGAUAAACUGUACUAGUUAGGAAUAACAUAUGUCCUUCAGAUAGGCUUAGAACAUCUGCUCUACAAAUGGGCUAUGGCAGGAAAUCCUUGAAAAAAAAGUUUUGUUUUGAUUGUUCAGUGCUGCUUUCUUCUUAAUGAUCUCUGAUAUGGAAUGCUUUCAUGAAGCUCUUGUUAGACCUUUCUGUAAUCUCAAGAGGUGCUUCUGGUGCUGUACAGGUUACAAUUGAUAAUACGCUGUUCCUUCUCUUGGAAUGGAGCUCUCUCUAUAUAUAAAUAUCUAAAAUAUAGAUAUAUCUCUAUGUAUCUCUAUAUAAAUAUCUAAAGAUCAGCUAGUAUGUAGGGUCUUGUCUUUUAUUACUCAUUUGAAUUGCAUAACUUAGUUUUUCAUAUGAGAUAAAGGAAUAUUUGCGAAGUACUACUACGAAUAGGAGGAAUUAAGUAUUAGCAUGCUUAGAUCAGCUUAAUAGACUUACUAAAACCGCCAGAGUUGGCAGCUCUCCUGCCACUGACAGCAUUAAGCUUUGCUUUAAUGAAACCCUUUUAUCUGCUCAAGAAAGAAGAUUGAGCAAACAAAUGAAGAGAGCCAUUAAUAGAGAGUAGGUGCUGAGGUGCAAAGGCAAAAUGGAAAAGAAAACUUGUUUUCCAAUUAUUACUGAUUUUUUUUUUCCAUGGGGAUGUUAAGAAGCUGGAACAUUUAUUAAUGUAGAAUUACAUACCUUAAGUUUGCAAAACCUGAGCAGGUCACAGCAGUCCCUGACUGUCUUGCUGUGCAUUUUAUUCCCUUCCUGGACUGUUUUUACCUUGUUUUCAUUACUUUGUAACUGUCCCAAAAGCAGAGUCUGCUAAGCUUUUUGGCUCUGGCUAUUGCAAAAAUUGCCAGCUGGAAGGGUGAGAAUUCUGCUGUCAAAAUAAAAUAGAAGGGAAGAGUGUUGGAGCAAAAGCUAAAGAUCACCACAGACUUGGCACUGACAUCCCCGAGGCAGGAAUGAACUGUUACCUGCACUGUGGUUUCAAGAGUAGGAAAAUCACCUACUCUUGAAAGUAGAAACAACACAUCACAGGAGAUGUAUUAAUCAUAAUCCAGUAAAACCAUGCAAACCAGGUAGAUGAGCCUGUUACAUUCCUAUAAAAGAUUUCAUUAUGCAAAAGAGAAGCCGUUUUAAAGAUCAUAACCCCUGCUUCUGCCAUUUGUAGUACAAGGAUUAAUAUAUUAAAAAUUCCAAGGUAAGUAAAUAGUUAUAUGGGUAGAAUCUCACUCCUCUGUGCUAUUUUAUUGUUUAAUUCAGUGGGCCAGGCUGUCAGUCUCUGAUGGGAGAUGAGCAGUUUACUGACCUCUGGCUUGGUAGCAUGGUGCUGAAGCCCAGGACAUGAUUGUGUGUUCUGCUGGGACUGGUGCUGCUGCUGAUUCCUCCCACUCUGGUUUCUCUGGCAAGUCCUGACCCACUCAUUAACUGUGAAUAAUGUUAAGAUGGGUUCCAAGUAGCCUGCCAUAAGUAGGUAUUAAACAGAAUAAAUUUUAAGUUUUCAUACAAUUAAGAGGAAAACGGAGUCCUGCCGUGUUGAAGAGCUGACAGGUAGUGUCUGCUAUUAAUUAUUAAGUGGGAUAUACUUUAAGUACAAGCUGAGAAUAAAUAAUGUAUCUCUAAAGUUAAGGAUUUUCCUUAACCCCUGCCUCUUGACAAUCCCUCCCUCAGAGUAAAAAGUGGAACAGUUUUGCUUAAGCAUGUCAGGAGAGAAAGGAGAAUCUGUUUUAAUUUGUAUCAUGGUAGUAUUCAGGCCAUGAACCCAUUUUGUUGCUUUUAUCAUUGAAGAAUAUGUAUUGUAAACCUGUCCGAGUACAGGGAGCUACUCAGCCAUGUCGAUGGAUGGCCAUUGAUAAAAGAACUGAUACAAGAAAUAUCAGUUCUGGGAUCAUCCAGAGGCUCAGAGCAGGCCAGCUACAGGAGAGAGACCUUUGGAAUGCACAGCACCAGCCACUCUAGGGAAUCGCUGCAAGAAACCUGUGAGCAGAUUUCCUCCUAGGAAACAGAAGCAGUUGAGUGCUGAGAUGCGUAUCUCUCUGCUGGGGCAACAUUAAAAGGAAGAGGGGCUAAAGUCUGCUAAGGAACCACUUUUCCCUCCUGAGUAGUAAACAUCUCUCACAAUUAUGUGGAGGUCGAGCAAAAGGCUGAAACUGAAAAGCUGAAGAAGAGGAGCAGUUUUAUUGUUAAAGACAAUUAUUUUCUUUUAAUGAGAACCCAAGAGAAUACUCAAGCAAUUUACAGGAGGGGCUGAGACCAGCAGUGCAUGACUAUUCAAAGUCCCAUGCUAGAGAAGAUUUAGCGAGUUCCAGUUUGUAAAAUAAGAUAGGGUUAGAUGAUUAUUCUGAAAAGCCAUGAUUUGCAAGGGUCACUGUAGUCUAUUAAGUGCUUGUCCUUAAUCAUGUAUCUAUGAAACACGAUUUUUUCCUGUAAAUGGUGUCGUAAUUUCUUUCAGAAUUGCAUAUUUUAGGAUAUUUUUAUGUUUCUGAAUAAUAAAAAUAAUGUUCCAGUCAUUAGUUUAAAACAAUUGGUUAACAUAUAGCAGGCUUGCAUGGUGGAUUUUCUGGCGAGGAUAGCUAAUGUAGUCUCCUUACAAAAACGUAUUUUCGUAUCACAAAAUCUCUGUAUUUCAUGCUUUGCAUAUAGAAGAGUGGUAGUAGCUGUGUUCCACAUUAUUCAUUAACUAAAAUCCAUGCAUUCCCAGUGGAAAGCUGACUAACAGAAGCCGAACUGCUGUGCUAAUUUCCUCUGUGAAAAACCUGUUCCAAGCAUGCAAAGAGUGAUGACAGAAAAUACUUUUUGUAAUGCAUUGUGGUAGAAGUGGCUUAGGGUGUGUAACAAAACAAAACACACCUUUCAGGGAUCUCCGUUGUAUCAAUGAAGGUACAAUAAUUUGAACAUGAUUUAAAUUAGCCUUUGAAGAUGUCCGUUUUUUCUCCAAGUCAGGUUAGCUCAGGUGGAUCAUCUGUAUUUCCAUUGCUCAUCAUCAAUAGUUUCUAUCAUUCAGGAAAUAACUUCUGCAUAAUUUGUGCUCCAAAUAGAAUUUUGAUUAUGUUUUUUAACAUCACUAGUUAGUUCAAAUUUUCCCAAGAUGUGCCUUCAGUAUGCUUUUAUAUUAGCAUGCCCAGGAGAGUCACAAAGGUGGGCUGUGAUUUGAGACCAGCAGAUUGGUCUGGGCUGGUAGUCCCCACUGCUUUAUACUGCAGGGAGGCAAGCACAGGCUGUAAUGGCUUUACAUGAUGUAAUUCCUGACAGCAUGGAGGGAGGCAGGUGCUCUCCCACCAGCGCUGCACAUCUGAGCCAGGGUGUAGCUGGUGGCACAGAAGUGUGUCUUUGACAGAUGCCACGUAAAGCGGACCAAGCUAUGACAUCUGAGCAGCUUCUGAAAUGACAGCUUGUAUCCUGCUGGCUGAGAAAGAACAGCAAUCAGGCUUCUCUGAAUUACAUGCCCAUAGAAAAAGAUGGUUAGUGACUGAAUUUCUGCCUCUGGUUCUAAAAGUUUGCUUGUUCUCUGUUCUCCCAAGUUAAAACACAGGUGAUGACUUGCUUACAUCUUGACCUCAUACAUUGGAAGAAAAAUUUGUUUGGGUCCCAGAUGGGAUCUGCUGGCAAAGUGGAAUUUGAGGGCUCAAGUGGGGCAGAGCACCAGAUUUUUCUUUUAUUGCACUAUUUUAAUAUCCUUCAAAAGAAGAGGAAAUUGUAGUCAUUCCUGGUCACGUGGAACAAGUACACACAGUAGAAAUUGUUGCAGCCAAAACUUAAAAGUAGAUAUCAGCAUAGAAAUGGUAAGAAUUUCUGGUAUUUUAUACUUACUUAGUUCAUGUUUUAAAUCUUAAUGACAGCAUUCCCUUUAAGUGUCGUAAAUCCAGCAUGUGCAAGUAUGUACCAAAUGGAAGAACAGGGGCAGUGCAGGAUUCAAAGGCAAGCACUGGCAGUAUCCUACUGCUUUUAGCAGUACAAAGCACUGCUUACUUAUUUGACUAAUAUGUCCACAGUAAGAAAUUGAUGUGAAGUGACAAAAAAGUAGGAAGUAAAAGGUGACUUUACAGUGACAAGUGCACAAAAUAAAGUUUUUUUUUUAAUUGUCUGAUGCAACUCCCCGCCCCACAAAUACUUUAAAAGAAUGUGUCUUCUCUUUUUGUUGUGUGUGUAGGGAGCAAGAGAUUUUUUUUUUCUGGAAUAAACAAAUUUCAGAGCGCAUGAAAAGGUAUAUUGGAAAGAAAAUGCGAAUGUGCACAGAGACCUAAUUCUUCCCAGCAGGGUUUUUGCAGGCAUUACAGUAUAGGGCAGCGUCUUAUUGCAUUACCAUGCACCAAAACCUAUUUCUGUAUACCAAUAGAAUAAAUGCAGUAAAAGAAGAUAAAGAUAGUAUUUUCACAUGUAAUUGGAGUCCAAAUGCCUACUGGAACUUACUGAAAAUCUGCACUUUACAGAGAUGGAAAAUCACACUGUUUAGAUGCAUUAAACAAUUUAAAGCAUCAUUUAGAUGCUUUUUAAAAAACAUGGGCUAUUUCAAACUAUUUGAUCUUGGUCUGAUCCUGUCUAUGUCAGUUUUAGAAUAAGUCUGGUACUAGCAUAUGCACACAAGUAAAUGUUUUUAUAUGCUUUGCCCUUUCACAAGUGUAUGUCUGUAUUAUUAAAGUAGUCUUCAUAUCAUCUUUUUUUUUUUCCAAAUUGUUUCCCUGUUGGCCACUUCUCUCUUAUUGAAACUACUAGGCAUAGGUAGGCCGAUACUUAGUUUCUCUGCAGAUUAUAUUCUGGAAUCCAGAUUCUGAUCCCAGUUUGGUUAGGUUAAUGAUCUGAUAAACUCAUGAGUAAUCCCAUUAAUUACAAAGAGAUUAACAGUUUCAUGGCAUGCAGUAGUUUCACCAUAUGUUGCCUAAAGCAAGCUAAAAUGCUCCCUGUUACUGCUCAUCACUAAGCGCUGAGAUCUUCCACUGUUUCCACAAUUUGUAGUAAAUUACGUAUAGCUUUUUCUUUUCUUCAUAUGGAGAGUAAAUGAUGCUUACAUGCCUGAGUAAUGGGAUAAACAGAAGCAAGAACAUUCUCACCACCAGAAUAAUUAUUAGUGUUUAGUAAUUAAGAUGAAAAGAAUUUUUUCUUGACAUGACAGUUCCAUUAUUUUCAUUGUUACAUGCAGCCUUGCAAAGACUUGAUUAUACUUUCAGUGUGUUUCAAUACCUGCUGGCGUAAACUCCUCUGCACAGAAUGGUGCCUGUUGCUGUGUGAGACAGGCCACAUCUGCACGAACACGCUAUUUCAACCCAUCCUUGAAAAAAAAUCGAUAGUAUUCGAUGACAAGGGAACCCAGGAGGGUGGUGGGCAGGUAUUAUUUGCUUCCUUUAUGCAGCAACAUAGUAAAGGGUCUAGUCUGGCAACGUUUAACAGCAUUAAAAUGGAGAGGUCAGUAGUCACAGCUGAGAGGCGACUUUGCAAGCUGUUCCUUGCUGCUUCCCAGUUGCUGGCUGUUACUUUCAAACUGAGAGGCUUAUGCCUGGCUGAGUGUUAUUUUGGAUGCAGUAAAAAUUUAGGAGCCUCAGGCACAGGCCAGAUACGCAGUGUGGACAUAAAUGUAAAUGAUUGGCUUAUUUAAACUAUUGGAAUUAAAGGAUAUAUUUGCUGUCUACAUGAGCAUCAUGAGAUAAAUGCUAGGGAAGGGAAAUAAACCAUCAGAAUUAGAGACUUAUAAUCACAAAAGAAAAAGACAUCAACCAGGAAUUAAUUCAGACUGGACGUUAAAGGCAAUUGCAAAUCAUCACCAGAAUGUGAUUCUGAGGUAUUCCUCCACUGGAAAUAGUGGCACAAAACCUGACUUGUUUCAGAUGGAAUCCGCAUGUGUAACCUGCAUGUCAAGUCCUGUUAUUAAACAGGAAUAUACGAUAGAGUUGCUUCCAAUGGUAGGGACGUGAUUAAAAUCUAAAUGGUGAGCCAAACUCUGAAUAUUUGGCACUUUGCAGAAAUGAGCACUUUGCAUCUGCGCAGAACAGCUGAGCCUGGCAGUCCUCACAGUUGCACUGAGAUCAUCGGUGGGUCGAGACCAUAGCCCUCAGCCAAUGCUGUUCAGACAAAAACUGCCAACAACCCAACCCAUAAUACUUUAUGAGAAAUACUGUCCAGGAGCUCAAACCAAGCCCCUUAAUAGGUUUGAGAUUUAUCCUUGAAUAAAUAUUAAAAGUUAUAAAUAUA